UUUUAGUCACAUCUAGUCACACAUGAUAGGCCUAAUGACCAAGUUGGAAGAUUCUUCAAUUUCUUUUAAACCAGCUAGGGCCUGUAAGGUUAGUUGACAUAUUAUAUAAGGAAGUGGCCAAUUUAAAUCCAUCCUAGCAACCUUGUGGUUUCUCUGAACUCUCAAUCCACAAAAAAGCAACAUGGCUUCAAUUCGCGCCUUCUUCACAGCCAUUGCUUUUGUGGCUCAAUCAUUUCAAAACUACAUGAUCCAGAGUCUGCACAAACUUUACAAGCAUUAUGGAUAUGCUGCUGAAGUGAAGGACAAUGAAGAGAAAGAAAGUGAUUAUUGUUCUGUGUGUCUAAGCCAAAUUUGUAAAGGGGAAAAAGCUAAGUCUCUUCCCGUGUGCAACCACAGAUACCAUGUUGAUUGUAUUGGUGCUUGGUUGAAGAAUCAUACCACAUGCCCUCUUUGUAGGAACAAUAUCACUGAUCAUAUCACCCAAAAACAUAAACAGGUGAAGAGCUUAGGAGAAUCUUUGUUCAAUCUCAUUCAGAGUUUCUCUGAUCUAUUGGUAGCUAUUCUCUACAUGAUGCUUCCAUCUACCAUCACUGAGAGUUUCCCUUUGGUUCAUUAAUAUUGCUUUCUGCUCACACAAUACUAGUAUGAGUUGUAUGCAAUUAUGUAUGUAAUAUGUAGAAUAGUAAAUCAGGAUUCCUGCCAUUCAUUAAAUUGCUAAUAUUUUGAGUUUUUGCUUGUUUGGCACUAGGAAAUAUGUAAUUGUGCCUAAUUACGAUUGAUUCCUUCAAUACAGAAUUUGAUUAGUGCAGAAGUUUGUUAAAACUCAGAUUUGGAACUUCCAAAAUAUAUGCAAUUAUGCUUAGUUUGGGAAA